GAGCGGCUGUGGCUUUCGGGGGGCACCUUAGCUCCCGCCACUUCCCUGGCUUUUCCCCCUGUCUGUGGGAGGGAGUCUCCUCCAGGCUCUCCAUCCCUUUGCCCCAAGCUGAUGCGGACUGACGGGAUCGUUGACGGGAUUAUCUUAUGCUGGACUGAUCAAGUACUUUGAAAAUGACUUCAAAACUUCUCUGGGUGUCCUUCAUACUUGCUGCAUUAACACUUUCAACUACAUUUUGUCUCCAUUCAGACCAGCAGAAGGUUCUGCUAGUUUCAUUUGAUGGAUUCCGUUGGGACUACUUAUAUAGAGUUCCAACACCCCAUUUUCAUUAUGUUAUGAAAUAUGGUGUUCAUGUGAAGCAGGUUACUAAUAUUUUUAUUACAAAGACAUACCCUAACCAUUAUACUUUGGUAACUGGCCUCUUUGCAGAGAACCAUGGGAUUGUUGCAAAUGACAUGUUUGAUCCUAUUCUGAACAAAUCUUUCUCCUUGGAUAGCAUGAAUAUUUAUGACUCCGACUUUUGGGAAGAAGCAACACCAAUAUGGAUCACAAAUCAGAAGGCAGGACAUACUAGUGGUGCAGCAAUGUGGCCCGGAGCUGAUGUAAAAAUACAUAAGAGUUUUCCUACUCACUACAUGCCUUACAAUGAGUCUGUUCCAUUUGAAGAUAGAGUUGCCAAAAUUAUUGAAUGGUUUACAUCAAAAGAGCCUAUAAAUCUUGGUCUUCUUUAUUGGGAGGACCCUGAUGACAUGGGCCACCGUUUGGGACCUGACAGUCCACUCAUGGGGCCUGUCAUUUCAGAUAUUGACAACAAGUUAGGAUAUCUCAUAAAAGUGUUGAAAAGGACAAAGUUGUGGAACACUCUGAACCUAAUCAUCACAAGUGAUCACGGAAUGACCCAGUGUUCUAAGGAAAGAAUAAUAGAACUUGACCGGUAUCUGGAUAAAGACCACUAUACCCUGAUUGACCAAUCUCCAGUAGCAGCCAUCUUGCCAAAAGAAGGUAAAUUUGAUGAAGUCUAUGAAGCACUGGUUCAUGCUCAUCCUAAUCUCACAGUUUACAAAAAAGAGGACAUUCCAGAGAGAUGGCAUUACAAAUUCAACAAUCGAAUUCAACCAAUCAUAGCAGUGGCUGAUGAAGGGUGGCAUAUUUUACAGAAUAAGUCAGAUGACUUUCUGUCUCCUAGCAGAUUCACCAAAUAUAAAAAGAGGAAAUUAAUCACUGCUCUUGAGGAAACAUUACUGAAUAUAUUCAAUUGGGCAAGACCUUUGAUACUUAUGGCUAUGUAUAAAGCAAAGUUUAAAUACCACAAAUUUCCUGUUUUACUUACAGUAUAUUAUAAUCAGCUUUCAAACUUCUUUUUUCUCUAAGUCAAUAAAUUAUAGUUCAGAGGUUCUGCAACAUUCAUCUGGGCUUUCUUUCCAGUGAGUCUUUAUACUGCAUUAUUUUAAAUAUCUGAUGUUAUAUGUUUAAGCCUGGUUAAGAAAUAUAUAAUCAAUGCCUAUGUGGGUUUAUGCAGUAUUGAUAAGUCAUGUCAACAUUCUAUAACAGUAUGUACAUUUUGCAACAAGGUGACAGAUUUAAAAAUUAUCAAUGACAUUAUACUUUACAUUUAAUAAUCACACUAAGAAUGGUUUGGUAGAUUUUAUUCAUGUAAAUUUUUUAAUCAUAAGCAAGGUCAUUAACUAUGAUUUCAAACAAUAUAGUCAAAGUAUAUUUUACUUUAACUUAAGGCACUAAUACAAAUUUUUUAAAGCAGUCAUGUCAUUUUAUUUGCACACUAUUUUACAAAUUGACAAUGAACACACACUUUUCUUCAUUUGUAGUUUUAUGCAUUCACAAUAAAGUAAAACUGUCAAAAAAAAAAAAAAAAAAAAAGAAUUAAAUGCAAUCAUCCCUAAAGCUUAUGAGAUAUGGGCAAGAGAGGGAGCCACCCAAGAACAAUGCCAAGUGCAGUUUUAUUCCUUCAAUGUUCCAAGACCUUCACUUACAAAUUAUUAUACCAAGCCUAAUGGAACACAAAGCCUAUAGUGCAAAAUAUUCAAAUAAGUUUUUUUCUAUUAUUCUUUACCAGAAGAAUUUAUACAUUAAUACCCCCAGCAGAACUGUCCCUAGUUCAUAAGUAAAUGUACUUAUUCUGGAAACAUUCACUCACUGAAUUAACAAAAAAUACCUCAUUGAAAGUUUUCCUGUUACAUUUGACUAAUGUUGCCAGAAAUGAUGAAAUGUUCUCUGGCGACAUAUACUUUAUACCAUCCAGAAAACAUAGCAGCAUAUUAGUCAAUUAUUUAAUAAAAUAUACACCAAAACUUUAAUAUAAAAGGCUAGCUUCACUAGAUUUUCUCAUCGUCCUAGAGUAGUCAUUGACUUUAAGUGAUAAUUUUUUAAAGACACAAAUUAAUGCAAAGUUCAAUAUUAUAUAUAGAUUUCUCUUUGAUUAAAAACUAUUCUUGUUCCAUCAACAUAUACAUAAAAAAUCAGUCUACCUAAUUUAAAAUUAAAUACUUUGAGAACAAAAUGAAAGAAAAGACAAGAAAAACAAGUAAAUGUCUUUUGUUGAAAAGGUUAUGACACUGACAGGACAUAUCUUCAUAUACUGAACCCCAGGUUGGAUGCCAUGUAUAGACUCCUGAAAUUCAUAACCACCAAUUAAGCUAAUGCAAUCACUAAAAUCCACACCAUUGUAAGGACCAAGCUCGAUUCAACCUAGUAUUAAAUAUCUUGCUACUAUUUUAUAUACUUCAAAAAAUGUUCACUAGUCAAAAAAAAAAAAAAAAAAAAA